AUGGCGUCCGAACAGCCUCGCCGGGACGCUGCAGUCCCAGGCCCCAACACUGCGCCGGCUGAGCAUCCCACAUCCCAGCCUGCCGCCGCCGACGACGACGGCAAGCUCCGCAACGAUGUCCCCGCCGUUCGCUUCUCCUCCGCCGUCGAGGAGAUUUCUCCGACCGCGACCGCGACCGUUCCCCAGCUCGAGCAGGACAACAGCAUCACCGAGGCCACCGCCGACCAGCUCAGGGCCUUUGCGACAAAGUCGCUGCAGGGCAAGCCCCUCCAGGAACGUCGCAUGAACACCUUCCAGUUCGAGGCAUUCUCUUUGCCUCCGUCGAGAGUGCCUUCUCGGGAUGACGAGUCUCCCGACUCAACCAGGCUAUCCACCCCAAUUUCCUCCCAAAUACAGUCUCCCCAUGGUAGCCCCAGGAUCUCGGCUUUGGCCUCGCCCCCCUUGACCCCGGCUGGGUCGGGCCCGUCAGGCGCAGGAGAGAGACGGCCAGGCAAGGAAGCUGGCGACCGGACCUCGGGUCUCAGCGAGCCCCCAUCCAUCACCCCGCAGCCUACCUCGUCACACGAGAAACCGUCCGCCGCCAUCAGGGGCUCCCUCGCUCACCGACCGGCGUCAUCCGACCAGGUCAUGCGGAGGUCAUCCUCGGCAGAGGACCACAAGUCGCACCGAAGGGGCAUGUUUGGCGGAGGCGGCUCCUCAGUUCCCACCUCUCGAGAAUCGAGCCCGUCUCGCAGAGAGGCGUCCAACUUUUACUCCAAGCCCGUGACCCCCGGUGGUGAUGCCAACGACCCGUAUGCCAAGGGCCGACGCCCGCCUCAGCAUUCGCACCCGACCCGACACUCCAUCGACCCCCGAUUCGUCUUCUCCCGGAAGAAGAAGCACGGCUCGCCCGGCGGGUCCAAGUCGAGCCUGUCGGAGAAGCAAGGCUCCGGCUUCUUCAGCACCAAGAAUGGCAGCGAGGAAUUCAGCGACAGCGGCCAUGCCCCGGGUCACGGUGGCUCCAUGGUCGACCUGAAGCGCUUCUUCCGGAAAUCGGGCCAUCAUAAACACCAUCAAAAGAAGAGGGAUGCGUCACCCGCUCCAUCGAUCAAGACCGGCACUAAGACCCCGCCGAGCUCGCGGUCGACGACGCAGCUUCCGUUUGGCGAGGACCACGGUCUCACUUCCAAAUACGGCAAGCUUGGCAAAGUGCUGGGCUCGGGUGCCGGCGGGUCGGUCAGGCUGAUGAGGCGCAAGGACGACGGCACGGUAUUCGCGGUCAAGGAGUUCAGGGCACGCCACACGUAUGAGACCGAGAAGGAGUACAAUAAGAAGGUCACGGCGGAAUUUUGUGUCGGGUCGACCCUCCAUCACGGCAACAUCAUCGAGACGCUGGACAUUCUCCAGGAAAAGGGGCGAUGGUUCGAGGUGAUGGAGUACGCGCCGUUCGACCUGUUUGCUAUUGUCAUGACGGGCAAGAUGUCGCGCGAGGAGAUUCGAUGCUGCUUUCUGCAGAUCCUGAACGGAGUCACCUACCUGCACAGCGUCGGCCUAGCCCACCGCGAUCUCAAGCUGGACAAUGUGGUGGUGAGCGACAAGGGCAUCAUGAAGAUUAUCGACUUUGGCAGUGCACACGUAUUCAGGUAUCCGUUUGAGAACGGCGAGGUUCCAGCUAAGGGCAUCGUCGGCUCUGAUCCGUACCUUGCUCCAGAGGUGUAUGACACCAAGGAGUACGACGCGGCGGCCGUGGACAUCUGGUCCCUCGCUAUCAUCUUCUGCUGCAUGACCCUGCGGCGUUUCCCGUGGAAGAUUCCACGGAUGACGGACAAUUCCUUUAAACUGUUCGCCGCCGACCCAACCCCCGGUCACGACCCGAACCGGCUGCUACGCCCGUCCAAGUCGGAGAGCCAGCUAGCCAGCACGCCCGCGCGGGACUUUUUGAUGGAGGAUGAGGUCAAGGAGAAGGAGCACCAUAGCCACAAGCGCGACAACUCGGAGACGACGUCUCAUCAUGGCGACCACCAUCACAAGGACAAAGACGGCGCAACUGGAGAGCGCAAGGAGGUCAUCCGGGGCCCCUGGCGUAUUCUCCGGCUGCUGCCACGAGACAGCCGACACAUCGUUCACCGGAUGCUCGACCUGAACCCGGCCACGCGCGCCAAGAUGGACGAAAUCCUCCAGGAACCGUGGGUGGCCGACACGGUGAUAUGCCAGCAGCUCGAACACGGCGAGGUGAUUCCCGCCGAGGACCACACCCACGUGCUCGAGCCGCCUGCGUCGCAGCCUCAGCCAAAGACGUGA